GUGUACAAGGUGAACUCUGACGGCUAUGACUCGUAUGAUCAACAUUACGGACGAGGCCUUCUCAAGGACACCAUCAAAGACGGUGAGCUCCUGAGACAAUAAUAACCCUGUCACAAAAUAAACAACAUUAUAUCCUUCUGUGUAUUUCCACAUGGUUUAGAUUGUAGUUGCUAGCCAAACUUGCUCUCAAUUAGGAAAACGCUUCGGGUAUCAUCUAAACAGAUCAAAUCAUCACCAUCGUUUCUUAUCAGAAAACAUUGUAUUCCUCAACAACAACAAUAAUGACCUCUCCCAUUCCUCUCCCAGGUUUAUCAAAAUUCUUCUGUAAUGGGAAGAGUCUGAGAAAAGACGCCAUCACUGCCAGUAUCCUGAAGGUCCAGAACAUCCUGAGAUGGUUCGAGGGCCAGAUCCAGUUAACCUUCUAUGCCAGCUCCCUGUUGUUUGUAUAUGAGGGCCUGCCUCCUCCCAACCCCGAGGGCCACGUCCCCAGGGGCCUCCCAGAGAAGACCACAUCUUCCGCUGACGCCUGCUGCGAGCCCAAUGAGGACGUACUGGAAUACAACAACAACAUUUGUGCUGCCGUGCCGCUCGACUACAGCCUGUCCACCAUGUACGCCAUGCACAAGAAGGGCUGCACCCAGGGUCACCAUGGCAACAUAACUGCCACCAGCAACACCACGACAGACCCCAACCCCACCAACCCCAAGGAGCACAACAGCACGUGGAAGUGCCCAGGUCUGGUGUCGGCGGAGCAACCCAACGGCAACGGUAUCAAAGCCCAACUGGAAGAAGAGGAACAGGGGGUGGUGGGGGAGGUAGGCCAGGGUGAGCCGCAUCCAGAGCAGAGGGCCAGCGAAGUGGAGGUGAGGAUGAUUGACUUUGCUCACGUCUUCCCCAGCGAGAGCCAGGACCAAGGCUACAUCUACGGCCUGAAACACUUGCUGGAGGUGCUGCAGCAGAUCCUCCACCAAUAA